GGGGCUUAAAUUAGUUGCCUCCGUUUAUGCAAGAGGGAGAAAUAACCAAAAAUAUACGUACGUGGAAUGGGUUUUUGCAAUUCCAAUUUCAUCUUCUUCAUCAUUAGCCAUGGUUUGAUUCAUUUGGGAGGGUUUAAUCACAACCCCAGUUUUCUUUCUUUUGUUUCUUCCAUCCCUUUUACGACCUCAUAGUCUCCUCGCCGAUGAGAGGAACGUAGAAACCAAAUCGGAUCGAAAUUAAAUGAAGAAAUGUCUCAAUAUGUGCGAGGGGAGAAUCCGGAAAGAAAGGAUAGAUUAGUAGCUGUUGGUGUCGAUAAGGAUAAAUAUAGUCUUCAAGCUCUUCAUUGGGCUGUUGAUAAUUUCCUCACCAGAGGUCAAACUUUGAGGCUUGUUCAUGUUCUUCAAAAACCGAUCAACCCCUUUCAAGACGAAAGUAAUGUCGGAGGAGAACGACAAGUUGAUAAUCAGAACUUGGACCUUUUCCUUCCUCUCCGAAGCUUAUGUGCUCGUAAACAGAUACAAUGUGAAACAGUGGUGCUAGAGGACACAGAUGUUGCAAAAGCACUUGUUGGAUACGUUAACCAAUAUGGAAUUGAGACUCUGUUUGUUGGUGCUGUCUCAAAGACUGGAAUUUCCAGAUUAUUCAAGGGUACAGAUACCCCAUCUAGCAUACUAAAACUGGCACCAGAUUUUUGCAAUGUUUAUGUUAUUGCGAAACGAAAGGUUGCUGCGGCACGACUUGCUAGUCGACCGGCCCCCGGUAGAGCUCAAAGCUUGAACAGUGAGGAUGACUCAAUCAUAGAAAACGAUGGGUUAUUCUAUGAUGAUGAAGUUUCAGCACUUGACAUGAACUCAUCCUCAGGGGCAGGCAGUGAUGGCUUGAAUUCGUCUUUAUAUCAAAACCUUGGUACUUCCUUGAGAUCACCCCCUGUUAUGGACCCCUUCCGACGGUCUUUUGCGGUGCCGGUGACCUCGUCACCCGCCCUGGACCUGCCUGCUUUUCGGACUGGCCAGAAGCAUCAUUCCAUUCCCACCACUCUCUCUGAGUAUUCGUCUUUGUUGGAGUAUGAAUCACCAUCUUCUCCGGAAUCUGCACCGGAAGACAAUGAUGAAACAAGAAGGUUAAGGAUAGAGCUGAAACAAACAAUGGAUAUGUACCAUGCAGCUUGCAAAGAAGCAUUGGCAGCCAAACAGCAGGUGAUGCAACUCAAAGAAUGGAAGAGAAGAGUAGAGGAGAAAAGAAAAAAAGGAGGAACAUUAUCAUCAACAAGAAAAACAAGAAUAACAAGAACAAGAGUUGAUGUUGAUGAUGAGUCAACUCAGGAACUGGUGGAGAUAGAGGUGCAAAAGAGGGUGGAAGAAGAACUUCAGAAAGCACUUUGUGAAGCAGAGGAAAGAAGAAAGUUGAUGGUUGUAGAUGAUUUAGGCCAUUCCAAUUUAGUUGUCAAAUACCAAAGCUUAUUUCAUAUUUUAGUUGUCAUUUUUCUAUUCUACUUCUAUUUUACUAUAUAUGUCUAUUUUACUAUAUAGUUUAGUACCAAAAAAAAUAUAAUCUGUAAAAGGGACUAAGUCCCAAAAUUACACAUAAAUUUUGAUAUAAUGUGUAAUGUGAUACAAACACUUUGAUUUCAUUCAAUUGUUUACAUGUAACUUCGACUUUGAUCAAA